AUGGCGUCUUCUCCAUCUCCACCUCCCCCUCAAAUAAGGACUCACCAAUCCAUCGUCAAGCUUAGCCCCCGGUACGACGGGAGCAUCAUCUACGACUCGUAUGAACUCAGAGCCAUGACAUGUCAGGUCAAUAGGGCCCUACAAGGACUCAAGUGGUCGUCACCUCACCCAGCGUAUGUCACCCACAAAGGCUGCAUCGUCGGUCCAAGAGCGGCCUGCAGGGAGUACAUAGGCAGGUUAUGGAAGAAGGCUACCAAAAUGUUGCUCUUCAGGAAUCUGCAGGGAAACAAGAGCCGAUCAUUUGCUUCCAACGAACCACUCCCGUAA